AGUUCAUCCACCGGGCAAAAAGCAUAGUCAUUCCCUAAAAACAGACUUUCUGUCUAUAUAACAGUAACUGGCUACGUGUAUUCAAGUUAAAUCAAGUUCUAGACUGUAACAAGUUUUGGAAACUGGAGGGAUGGUGCGCAGCUGUACGGUGGGCUGCUGCGCUCGAUUUGUGGAGCGACACCAGUCAGCGCUGAAUUUUGUGGUGUUGGUAGCCGGCUACAUCCUCUAUCUGAUAGUCGGCGCCGGGAUCUUCUCCGCCAUCGAGCUGCCUUACGAGCGGGAGCUUCGCGAGGAGCUGAAGGCCGCCCGGCAGGACUUCCUGAGCAACAACACCUGCGUGUCCGACGCGCGCCUGGAGGAGCUGCUGGCCCGCACGCUGGAGGCCAGUAAUUAUGGAGUGUCCGUGCUGGGUAACGACACCAACCACAACUGGGACUUUGUGUCCUCCCUGUUCUUCACCAGUACCGUGCUGACAACUACAGGUUAUGGCCACACUGUUCCUCUCUCAGAUGAAGGGAAGGCCUUCUGUAUCUUCUACUCCGUCUUUGGCAUUCCUGUUACCCUCUUCUUCCUCUCUGCUGUGGUGCAAAGGAUCAUGGCCCUGGUGACCAGACGUCCAGUGUCCUACUUCCACCACCGUUGGGCUGUGUCUAAACCAAAGUUAGCCAUCAUCCAUGCCACUUGCCUUGCCAUCAUCACAACCCUGUUCUUCCUCCUCAUCCCUGCUUGGAUCUUUGUCAGCCUGGAGCAAGACUGGAACUUUCUUGAAUCUCUGUAUUUCUGCUUCAUCUCUCUGACAACCAUUGGCCUCGGGGAUUAUGUCCCAGGAGAGACCCACAGUAAAGAGGCAAUCCCACAUCCACAGCUCUACAGGUUGGCUAUUACAGUCUAUUUGCUGCUGGGCUUGGUGUGUGUACUGGUGGUGCUGGAGACAUGCUGGGAGCUUCCCCAGUUGAGACGCCUCAGACGGAGGUUCUACGAAGAAAACGUGCGGGAGCUGGACUCUGAGACCACAAACAUCAUUGAUAAGGAUCACCUGAGCGACCAGCUGACUGACCCCUCAGAUCACAUGACAGAUCACCAACCAGUCAUCCCGUCUGUGUCUGAACAGGCUGCCUCCCUGCGGCAGGACAAGUCAACACCUUACACCCCAGCAUCAGGACCUUCUGCUAAUGGAAAACUGCGAUGACAGAUUUUCUGGGCUGUCAGCGACUAUGUAUGGUUUG